UUCCAGGAAAUAUACAGCUAAUCACUUCUUUAAGUUUGCUCUUCUCCUUUGUUCGCUCGCCUUUUCUUAUAAUCAGACACUGUUUGGCUUGCAAUUGGGUUCGUAGGAGACAUUUCACGUUGAGGUGAGCUCUAAUCUCCAGACCCUCCGCCCCUGGUAUUGACAAGAGUGAAAGGAAUCCCGAGGCAGAGAAAAAUAUCUGAGGAAAGACAGAGAAGCAAGUGUGAAUCCUGCGCGAAAAGGAAGGACCUUUUUAAUGGCGGACAUAGUAGGGGCAAUCUUUGGUGCAUUGAGUUGCAUUUGUGGGACUCCAACCUGCAACUGUAUAGAUCAACAUAGAAAUUUUAAUGAUGAUGUGGAUGAGCUGAGAAGAAAAUUGGACAGUCUCACUAGCCAGAAACAAGAGAUAGAAUCAAGAAUACAAGAAGCAGAGGCUCGCGGAGGACAAAUGGUUAGACAACAAGUGCAAGAAUGGCUUAAGCAAGCAGAAGAGAUCAAUGUUAAACUGCGAGCAUUUUUGGAAAGGGUGCAGGGAGUCAAGUGGUACAAGCGUGCUUGUCUUGAUAGACUUGUUUGUAGAAAAAUUAAUAUGUUGAAGGAACUGCUUGAUAAAGGUGGUUUUCCUGAAGGCCUUGUUAUUGAGAGGGCUCCAGCUCAUGGAAACAUAAUUCCAACAGAGAAUUUAGUGGGGGAAAUUUCUACCAAAGAAGAAAUUUGGAGGUACUUGAUGGGUGAUGAGGUUGGAAUGAUCGGAGUUUGUGGGAUUGGUGGAGUUGGAAAGACUACAAUUAUGGAGAAUCUCCACAAUGAUUUACAAAAGGAGACUAGAUUUGAGAAAGUGAUCUGGGUUACUGUAUCACAUCCUCUCAAUGUUUUUAAAUUACAAAAGAAGAUUGCUCAUGCUAUGGGCGAGAGACUUCGAGACGAUGAAGAAGUGAAGAUGCGAGCAGCAGCAUUAAUGGAAAUAAUGACAAGAGUGAGGUAUGUGGUAAUAUUAGAUGAUGUAUGGCAAAAGUUCUCUCUUAAGGAAGUUGGAAUUCCGGUUCCGAAUGUGCAGAAUGGGUGCAAAGUAGUUGUCACUGGUAGAUCAAUUGAAAUAUGCAGUUAUUUGUGUUGUAAGAUUGUUGAAGUGAAACCUCUUUCACAGGAGGAGUCUCUAAAGUUAUUCCUCGAUACAAUUGGGGAUGGUGUUUUGCAAGUUCCAGGGUUGGAAGAAAUCUUAAAGCUUAUUGUGGAAGAGUGUGCCGGCUUACCACUGGCCAUUGUUGUGAUAGCUGGGAGCAUGAGGAGAGUUGAUGAUGUUAAUGUGUGGAGAAAUGCACUAACUGAAUUACAAGAUCGUGUAAGUAGUGUGAAAGAUUCAAAUGAUGAGAUAUUUAUGCGGUUAAGAUUUAGUUUUGAUCGGUUGGAUAGUUUGCAAGUCAAGAGUUGUUUUCUUUAUUGCUCCCUCUUUCGGGAGGAUUAUGUGUUUUCUAAAAGGGAGUUGAUAGAAUGUUGGAUUGAUGAAGGAUUGAUUUGUGGGUUGCCAAGUAGAGAAGCAGCUUGUAAUAGGGGCCAUGCUAUUGUAGAUAGGCUUGAAAAGAAUUUCUUAUUAGAGAAAGACACUGUUCAGUCAUCUACAAGCCCAGGUGGACAUUCAUUUGGUAGUUAUGGUGCUAAGAUGCAUGAUGUAGUGAGAGACAUGGCUAUCAUAGACAUUGGUCCUGAAUUUGGAUAUAUGAUAAAAGCUGGUAUGAAUUUGAUAGAGCUACCAGAUGAGCAUGGUUGGGUAAAAGAUCCUAAGAAGUUGUCUCUAAUGGAAAAUAACAUUUUAAAAGUUCCUCCUAGUCUGUCCCCAAAGUGUUUGAGCCUUUCGACUUUGAUACUAUCAAGUAAUCCUAAUUUGUCAGAGAUUCCAGAAUCUUUUUUUGGAGAGAUGCUUGCUUUGAAGGUUCUUGAUCUCUCUAACACUGCUAUUGAGACUCUACCUAAUUCCAUCUCUAAAUUAGAGAAUCUAUCUGCCCUGCGGUUACAGCAUUGCAUGAAGUUAAAGUACUUGCCUUCCUUGGCAAACCUCAGGGGAUUGAAGAAGUUGGACCUACACAAGGCAGGGAUUGAGGUGGUCCCUCACGGCAUGGGGAUGUUGAUAAGUCUUGAAUAUCUUGAUUUGUUAUUUUGUCAAAAUCUGAAAGUGAUUCCAACAGGAAUAUUACCUAACCUUUCUAGUCUCCAGUACUUGGGAGUAUGUUGUUUGCAAGGUCUCCAGUACUUGGGAGUAAUUUGUUUACGAGAAACUUCAAUAAUGAGAAAUUUAGAAGAGGUUGCUAGAUUGAAGAAGCUGGAGACUUUAGAAUGUCAAUUUGAUGGCAUACAAGACUUUAAUCAUUUUGUCAACAAGUUCAAAGAUUUCCAAAGUGCUAUUGCUUACAGUCUUGGAGUUGGGCCAGCAAGAGACAUGAUGAGAUGGAGCAAAUAUGAGCUUGUAAUUAUUGAAUGCGAGAUCGGGGAAGAAUGUGUAGCGCUUCCAAAUAACCUUGAGGAUUUAUGGAUAAUUGAGGGUAGAAAUAUGAGAAGCAGCUUAAACAAAACGGUUAUGUUAGAAAUGGAAGCAAAUGAGUUGAGACGGUGCUGUAUUUGGAAAAGUGAAGAGAUAGAGUGCGUGGUUGAGUUGGACUCAUCCUCCUCCUCCUCCUCAUUGUGUUGUCCAGUACUUGAUAAGCUUGAGCUACUGGACCUUCAAAUGUUGCCUAAGUUAUGUGAACUUGUGAGAGUGGAAAGAGCAACAACACCACUGCACAUCUUUUCCAAUCUUAAAGAACUUUCAAUAGAAGAUUGUCUAGGAAUGAGGAAAUUGCUUCCACUUGAGUUACAGCAGGCCCUUCAAAACUUAGAGAAGAUUUUUGUUCAUGGAUGCGAUCAAAUGGAGGAGAUAAUAGCAUCAUCAGAUUCAGAUGCAUCAUCGGAUAAAUUCAUUUUUCCCAAGUUAAGGAUAUUGAAGCUGAUUAGAUUACCGCAAUUGAAGAGCAUCUGCAGUGCCAAAGGAGUUAUGGUUUGUGAUUCAAUCGAAGAAAUUGGAAUACGGAGAUGUCGAGAGUUAAAGAGGAUCCCAGUGCAGCUUCCCCUGCUUGAUAAUGGCCAAGCAUCUCCUCCUCCUCGUCUCAGAGAAAUCAGGAUAGAUGAAGAGUCAAAAGAAUGGUGGGAAUCAGUGGAGUGGGAUCAUCCCAAUGCCAAGAACCUCCUUAAACCUUUCUUGAAAUAUUCUAACAUAUGGUGGGAUUUAGGUGUGAAAUGAAGAGCUGUAAACUGCAAAAGCAAAGGGAGUUGUUGAGUAGAUAAGUAGUAACUUUCCAAAAAUUAAAGUCACGUGCCACCUCAAUAACACGUGCCAAUAAAAGCCUUUUCCAUAAUUCCUUCAAUCCUCUCCCAACAAAACAAUUAAGGUAUUCUAAAAGACAGAGACGGACGUGUCUAAGAUGGAAACCCUAAGUGGGUAUAUUCUGGAAGUCAAAGAAAUGCAGCCUUUGCUCCCUCACAAACUCCAAUCAUUCCAAAGAAAUCAUCGACUUUCCGAAUAAAUCACAAGCCACCCUUACUCAAUGACAGAAAGAUUGGUUGGAAAAUUAUGUGCUGAGCUGAAGAAUCAGACCUCAAAGAAAGUGUUAGACAUCCAAACACUAGGUUUCCUACAAAACUUUUUGGUGUCAUGAUCAUGAAUUGUGCAAAGAGGUGAAUUUUUCCUUUCCGAGAGUGCAGUUAAAGUUCACAUAUGCAAGUCAAAGCAUGGAGACACAUACUCAUGAUUGUUAUCUAUUUAGGCUACUUGAAGAGUUUGUUUGAAAAAUAUGGUCUUGCUGGUUGUUUAGCAGUCCUACAAGUGACCAUAUAAAGCUUCUUAGUGGAGACUUAAACUCACAGGAGUAUAAUGCAUCAAUUGAGUGCUACUGGGCUCCUUUCAUGAGUCUAAUUCAUACCAUUCAACAUAUCAUACUGUCCUGAGAUGACUGGUGAACCUUGCUGCCAUAGCCAAACAUGGCAAGAGCUAGGAAGGAGUUGAUGUGUUGGUGUUUGAGAGCUAUCUCUGAUGGAUGCACAAGCGUAACAAGCCUUAAUCAAUGCUAUGUAAGUUU